AUGGGAUCCACAGUGGUUUAUGGUGAAGAUUUGGAAGUAGGGUUUUACAAUGAAAGAUGUCCUUUGGCAGAAGGCAUAGUGAGAGCCACAGUGGCAAAGGCUGUUGCUCGAAACCCUGGCAUGGCUGCUGGCCUUAUUCGUCUGCAUUUCCAUGAUUGUAUUGUUCUAGGCUGUGAUGCAUCCAUACUACUCGACAAAUCGCCCCAAAAUCCAGAUUCCGAGAAAGACAAUUUGGCCAACCCUUUACUCCGCGGCUUCGAAAUCGUCGACGACGCCAAAGCCGAAAUCGAAGCUCAAUGUCCGCACACAGUUUCCUGCGCCGACGUCUUAGCCUUCGCAGCACGUGACAGCGUCGCCGCCGUCGGCGGCUUCACCUACGCCGUCCCGGGCGGCCGCCGCGACUCCCUCGUCUCCCACGGCCGCGACGUUGACGGCAACGUCCCUCCGCCGCUACCCGACAUUCCGUUUCUGAAACGACACUUCGAACAACGAGGGCUGUCGUUGAACGACAUGGUGGCUCUCUCCGGGGCCCACUCCAUCGGCGUCGCCCCCUGCGCCGCCUUCUUCGACCGGCUCUAUUUUUUCAACGACACCAAGUUCCGAACGGAUCCGUCGUUGGACCCGAAGUUUGCAGCUUUUUUGAAAACGAAGUGCCCCUUUGGAGAAACGGAUUCGGGUGGAGGAAUAAUUAGAACGGCAAAUUUGGACAAUACGACGCCGGAUCGGUUGGAUGUUCAGUACUUUGAGAAUCUGAAGAAUCAUAUGGGGGUUUUGUCGUCGGAUCAGGCGCUGGAGAGUGACCCUCUCACGGCGGCGACGGUGAGGAGAUACCGGAAUGAUAGGGCUGCGUGGAUGAAGGAUUUUGCGGUGGCGAUGGUGAAGAUGGGGAAGCUGAAGGUUCUGACGGUAGCUCAAGGGGAGAUCAGAAGGAACUGUCGUGUUGUGAAUUAA